CGGCGCGGUGACGCGGCCCCGGGUCAGGGCUGAGGCGCGGCGGCACCGUGAGGCGCUGUCAGAGCCGCGCUGAGAGGGUCCGCCCAGCUCCGCACCGGGAUCCGCCGCCGCUGCCAUGGAGCCCCAUCGCUGGCUGCCCCUGGAGGCCAACCCCGACGUCACGAAUCAGUUCCUGAAACAGUUGGGUAUACAUCCUGACUGGCAAUUUGUAGAUGUUUAUGGUAUGGAACCAGAACUGCUUAGCAUGGUGCCAAGACCUGUAUGUGCAGUACUACUUCUCUUUCCAAUAACAGAGAAGUAUGAAACCUUCAGAACAGAAGAAGAAGAGAGGAUAAAAGCUAAGGGACAAGAUGUCAAAUCAUCAGUGUAUUUCAUGAAGCAGACCAUUAACAAUGCUUGUGGGACAAUUGGGCUAAUUCAUGCUAUUGCAAACAACAGAGAUAAAAUGAACUUUGAAACUAAUUCUUCACUGAAAAAGUUCCUAGAAGAUUCAUUAUCUAUGACUCCUGAAGAGAGGGCCAAAUACCUAGAAACUUACGAAGCUAUUCGUGUCACUCAUGAAUCCAGUGCCCAUGAAGGUCAGACUGAGGGAUUACUGUAUGGGAACUGUGUAAUGAACAGCAUGUUGGGAGGAGUCCCUGAACCCUUAUGGAACAAUGCAACCGGGCAGAUGCAGAACAUGUGCCAGGGCCUCUGAUCCCAGGCUUGCGCCUAGAAACAAUGACCAGGACUGAAAGUAUGCUAUCUCCUUCUGUUUCCCAUGUUGCCAGACAUGUUGUUAUGCAGUUACAGCUCAUUUUAUCUCUGUCCCAGCGCAGCUGGCAUUUCUGCACAGUGACACAACCUCAGAUUGGAGGAAAGAAGAAAAGCCCCUGUCCCAGCACAGGUUGUGAGCUGAUAGGCAGGGAAGCUUCCAAAGAGGAAGGUAGCAUGGGCUUGAACUUCCCACUGCAAGGAAGCUCUAAACCUGAGUUUCCAGACAGAUGAAUUUGUGUAGCCACUAGCAAGUUAAUCAAUAAUGUGUAUUUCUGUUUGGAAAUGGUCAUGCAAUACCAGAUGCUGCUUUGUCCUGUCAGGUCUUCAGUGCAUUACACAUGGACUGAAAUAAUUUGCUGGAUUGGGUACCACAAACAAGAUGAGCAAACAGAUCCCUGACCGGUUUGGGUGUGUACCAAGCCAUGAGCUCUUCAGCACUAUCAAACUUAGGCACUCUUGGCUAUGUGCAGAUGCACAGCUCCUGGUGCCUGACAAACUUUGUAUAUGAUUCCUUUUAGAUCUUAGAUUUUAGUAACAGCUAUAUAUAGGAGCGAGUUUUGGAUUGGGGCAGAUGGUAAUUGCCUGAACAUUUUCUGGACCUACUCCAUGAAGCUUUUAACUUCUUUAUAAUGUAUUUUUUUUUGCAUUUCAGACAAUAAACUUGAUGUGCUUACUGGCUUAUAUGACAAUAACAUUCAAUUCUACUUCAGGGCUUUUGUUUUAGCACUUCAGAUAUUUGACCUAUUAUAAUUUUCAGCACAGGAGUAUGCUCCUGUGAUCUUCUCUUCUUGUGAAGUCAGACUAAUUCUCUCUUUUCUGCAUUUUCUAGAUGUUAAUAAAUUUUGUUUGAAUAGAGUGUUUCAAGUUAGGAUUUGUCCCCCAUAUUUUAAAUUAAAUGUGAAAUGUAUGAAUGGUAUUCUUUUUUUGGAGAUGUAUAUUUAACAUUAAUUUCAUAGUAAUAUUGACAUGUAAUUCUAAUUUAAUUUUUUUAAUAUUCAUUUUAAAACAACCUCAUUUCACAUAGCUUAAUUUGUGCUUAUUAUUAAAACCAUGCAUAGAAUUUUCUGGUUAUUACAGCCUUGUUAAUUAGCUUGUUAAUCCGGUAUUAAGUUUGCUUUUCCAGAAUUACCACAUUCUACUCUUACAGAUGCAAAAGUAUAUUUUCAAUGGAGAGGAAGUUUCUCGUUCUCUUAGUUGAUCUCACUAGGGGACCCACUCGUACAGGAAAUAAAGUAUAAAAAGAUUAAAUGAAUGGAAGUGAAAAUCAGGACAAAUACUAACUAGAAAUACUAAAAUAUUAAUUGCCCUAAAUGGCAUUCUAUGGUGUAAAUUCAGUUUUGAAAAGCUAAAGUAUUUCUUGGUCUCAUUACAUUCAGGCAAGGGGUAUUUUUAAUAUUUUCUCAUUAUUUUAGCAAUAUUGGCCAGAAAACAAAGAAGUAAAAUGUAGAAGAAUGGUAGAAGUAUAGACUUGUGGUAAAAAUGGUAGCAAAAUUAAAACAGGGCUCUCUAAAGAAAAUCUUUCAAUAUUGUAGCUAUCCCUGUACUGUGAAACAAUUCUUAAAUUUUGUAUUGUUCAAAAUCUUAUAAAUGGUUUCACAGUAAUUAUACAGGAGUCCUAAAAAAAUUGGAUUUUUUUCAGAGCAAAAGUAUACAGUUUAACAGCUUCCAGUCAAUUUUUUUUAACUGUUUCUCACUAAAAAGAUACUGCAAUUCAGAUUCUUGGAAGACUUAUCAAUCCUGUCUGUUAUGAUGGCAGCAGCUUACAAAAUUGUAAAACAUACUAGUGUCUCUUGCCUUUUAUCAUGAGCUGUCUAGUCAGCAAAGCUCUUAAAUUUCUGCCUGACAGCAGGUUCUAAUCUUACAGGUUCCUCCCUGCACUGGAAGGUCUGUGGACUAUGAGGAAUCCUAGAAGCAGUCUUUCAUCAGUCAACUUUUAAAAUUUUCUUAAGCAAGCUGAGAACAGAUAGUUUUUAACAGAUCGGAUAUGUUAUCUAAACAUAAAACAUCCCAUUUUAGAUCAGUUCUUCAAGUGAAGAAUAUGAAAAAAAGCCAGUCAGUAGUACGGGUAAACUGUAAUAGCCAUUAAGCUAUUGUAAGACUUUUUGUCUUGUAGUAGUAUUGUCAUUGCUGAAUUCCUUUUUGUUCAUGUAGUUCCAUUUUUGGAUUGGAGGUUUUCUAGUUUUGUCCUCUUUUAUUAGGAGCUACUGAGAUGUAGGUGAAUCAGAAAGCUUGAAAUUAAAGGAAAAAACCAAACUGUGACAACCCUGUGGAAAACUAUGUCCUCUGGACAGGGUAUGAGACAGUAAAGUUCCAUGUCUUUGAGCUUUACAAUUUCUACUGUACUUGAUGCUUGUUCUUCAUGAAAAAUCCCUAACCCUAUCUUCCUUCUUUAAGAUCAGCAAUAUGGGAGCAGAAAGAACCGAUUCAUUGUCCCACUCUUGAUAGGGAAAAAAAAAGAGAACUAAGAUUAGUUGCUUCAAAAAUAAUAAAUAAUGCAAAGAAACUAAAUAGUUUUGACUGGCACUACAGUCUUAUUUUGACUAAUAAGAGUGAAAAUAAUUCUUUUACAGAGAAGCUAUCUAAUGCUUGGUUUUCACAGCCCCUACUGGUGUCAUUCCAUUGAAUGCACCAUUUGGGACAUACUUUAAGGAACUGCAGUUUGUAUUCUGCCUGCCCUAACUUGGCAGGUCUCAGGGCAGAUAGGUGGGGUAUCAGUGAUGAAUUACUGUGUUAGCUUGUGGCUCUCUGCAGAGAUUGGUUCUAAGACCUGUACUAUCAAGUAGUCUGUCAGUGACAUGGAAGACAAUAGCAGGGUGACCAGAUUGCAGCUCCUGAGGGGAGCCUGCAAGAGAGCUCAAGAGAGACUAUGCAAGGGCAUGUCAUGACAGGACUAAGGGCAAUGGCUUCAAACUGAAAGACAGUGGGCUUAGAUUAGACAUUAGGAAAAAAUUCCUUUCUGUGAGGGUGGUGAGGCAAUGGAGAAGGUUGCCCAGAGAAGUUGUGGAUGACUCAUGCUGGGAAGUGCCCAAGACCGAUUUGGGUGGGGCUCUGAACAACCUGGUGUAAUGGAAGGUGUCCCUGCCCAUGUGCGAGUUGUAACCAGAUGAUCUUUAAGGUGGGCCCUUCCAAUCCAAACCAUUAUUCUGUGAUCCAAACCAUGAUUCUCAUAUUAAAAUAAACCUCAAAGCUUACAGAUGGUGGAAAAAGAUCAGCAGAUAUUAAAGCACAUCAACACAGGACAAUCUGGAUCGCCCUUUAGAUUAGCUUCAAAUAAAGGAGUGUUUUUCUGAGGCCAAAUAAAAGCUGUGUAAUUAGCACAAAAGAUUAACUUCAUUUCUUGACAGAAGGCAAGGGGUUCUCUGAGAGGCUCUGGAUAACACUGGGAAUUUUUAUAUAUUCCAAGAUAAUAGUGGAUGAAAUGCUGAAGAUGAGCUCCUGGUUUGGCAUCGUGGCCAGAUGAAUAAUGUAAUCUAUUGUUCAUGUUUUGUCAUCAUUGAACCGGACUAAGAAGGUUGCAUUUUCAUUCAUUAUGAAUUUUAGUAAACUGUGUGAAUAUGCUGUUUAUUGUCUCUAUGUAGCUAUAGACAGGAUUGAUUGAAUUUUUUAUUUGUUCUGAUUUUUUUUCAGUAGUUAAAAAAUUGUUAAGCUUGAAUGUUUGUUUUUGUUUUAUGAGUAUUCUCUGAUCCAAGCAAAACUUGAACUUGGUUGGUCCUGUGGCCUGUGUGGGACAGAAGAUCAAAACUAAAUCAUCACAAUGGUCCUUUCUGGUCUUAAUAUAUUUACUAUAACUUUG